AUGCGUGUCUUUUGUACUUCUUUUUCUGUUUUUUUUCUUUCUUUCCUUUGUAUCUCGUCUCAUUUCAGCGUCCCGUUAGGAACAGCGAAGGAUCGGAUGAGGCGGGUGGUGAGGCGGGCGGCUCCGUUGCUGUGCCGCUCCCACCAGUUCCUUGCGAGGAGAAAUGCGGCUCAUGAGGGCAAGGCGUUGAGUCACGCCCCUCCGGCUGUUGACACCGCCGAGUUGGAUUCACCGUUUCUCUCGUCCCUGUUGGAGCCUCCAGUGACGGUGGCACUCCACGAUGCCACCCGCACAUAUUCAACGAUGGAUGUAGUGGAGCCGCCUGUGCGGUAUGACCCGCGCUGUCCGAAUGUCUACUCCGAGCAUAAGGGCAUGGAGAAUGGAAGAGAGAGCGAGGGACUCGUCAUGCGUGCGCACCGUGCAGGAAAACUAUGGUCUGCGUUUGCUGCUGCCAAAGGGAACGACCCGCCAGAGUGGUUUUAUAAGCUCUGUGAGGACUUGUAUUACCGGCGUCACAGCGAGGAUGAGAUGGAUGCAACGGCUUUAUCCAGCGAUGUAGAUUUUCAAGACCACAACACUCUUAUGGACGCAUGGAGAGUAGAAGAUAAGACAAGUGAGAGCAAUAAAAACAACAACGAUGACAGGAAAAAUAAUAAUAACAAAAAAGAUGAUGACAAGGACGAGGAAGAAGGUGUAGACCCGUACCUCUGGCUGCCAUUUGACUUACUGAAUGAGGGAGAAUAUCAUGUUGGCCCUUAUGUUUUUCCCAGCACUGCCACGUAUACGCAUGAACAACGGACUCUGCUUUGUCUGGGCGAUACACGCAGGGAAUAUGUACACUUCUGCAAUACAUACGCCUUCCCUGAGCGUGUACAGAUACCAACAUCAGUAGGGACGCAGCCUGCCAAGCUUUACGUGGAUCCAUUGCAAGAGACGCCGGUAGUUUACAUCCAAUUGAGUGAUGAUUUCCCACCUGCCAUGUGGCUUCCCGUGAAGGGGACUGCUGCUGCUGUUCGACGUGUGUUGGCGGAAUUUGCGUCUAUAUCCGCACUUCAUCGAGACUGGCACCACGAGGGGUUUGAGGAGCGCUUUAGAACGGCGCAGCGUAUGUUGGAACUUCAGCGUAUGCCUUCAAGUGAGGGUGAUAUUCUUCGUUACAUGUCGUACGACGCACGUAAUGAGCAGUUCGUAUUUGCUCCCAUAAGAGAGUUUCCCAAUCAGCAGGAGUUUUUUCUCGGUGAACACGACGACCCUGAACGUCUGUUGGAACACGUUGAUCUCUGCCCCUUUUUGUUUUCGAUCCCACACUUACGAACCGUAGUGGACCCUCACGCAGAGCACAUGACCCCGACGAUUGACGGCCCUGGUGUGGCGACGUCACUCUAUCGUUGUGUCUUUUCCAAAACGCUCUUGUUUGUGCAGGUGCAGCUUUCUGCCGAGGUGAAGCUUCCUCCGCAAGAUCCCGAGGCCUUUCGUUUCAUGUGGAAAGACUCUCAGGUGGUUCCCAAGAUGCACAUUCCUGUUUUUGUUCGUGUGGUGUGGCCCGAUAACGAGCGCAUGUGCGGCGGGGGUCAGUUGGUGCGCCGUUUUAACCGUUUUUUUAAAACGGAGUUUGCUUCGGACAUACCAGUCGAUGCGGUGAUGGCGCUUCUGUAUAUUAUGCAGUGGGCAAAGCAGCUACCGAACUUUCUGGGUGUGCGUGGCAUGCGUGAGCGUCUGGCCGAAUUGGAGGCGGCGGCGCAGAUGCCCGAACCCGCCAAGUUAUACCCGGACACGCGAGAGAUUCCCAAUCCAGAGUACACCGUCAUGGAGCGUAUUGGAAUGCAUGUGCAGUACCUGGCGCAGCUUGGGGAUCCGGAGAUUGCAUUGACUAUUCAGCGACUUCUUCCAGAGGCUUCAGCACCAGUGCGCAUGGGAUGCGCAAAGGCCGCUCUUAUCGCGGGAGAGCGAGAGCUGUUUCGCCACAUUGUGAGCAGCGAGCCCCCUGGUCGUAUGCAAGUUUACAUGACGAAACUUGUGAGAAAACGCAAGUCACGAGAUUUGAUUGACUCUGAGCCACGCCUGCUCGAGGAGCAGUAUGAGUUUGCGGCCCCGCUGUGGACAAAGCGUGGCACACGCAUUGACAAAAACACACUUGAAGGGGCCGUAGACAUGCAGGGAAGAAUUGGUGGAUGA